AUGACACCUCCGUGUUCAUUAUCCGGUAACCAAGAUAGUGAAGGUACGAAGAAGAAGAAAGAAGGAAUGAAGCAACACAAAGUCCCAUUGUUGAAGCUGUUUUCGUUUGCUGAUUUUUACGACUACGUGCUCAUGGCUUUGGGAUCCCUCGGUGCAUGCGUGCAUGGUGCUUCCGUGCCUGUUUUCUUCAUUUUCUUUGGGAAACUGAUAAACAUCAUAGGAAUGGCUUAUCUCUUCCCCAAAGAAGCUUCUCACAAAGUUGCAAAGUACUCAUUGGAUUUUGUAUAUCUCAGCGUGGCUAUCUUAUUCUCCUCAUGGAUAGAGGUGGCUUGUUGGAUGCAUACCGGAGAACGACAGGCAGCAAAAAUAAGGAUGGCAUAUCUAAAAUCUAUGCUAAAUCAAGAUAUAAGUUUAUUUGACACCGAAGCUUCAACCGGAGAAGUCAUAUCUGCAAUUACAAGUGACAUUAUUGUUGUUCAAGAUGCCCUUUCUGAGAAGGUGGGGAAUUUCAUGCAUUACAUAAGCAGAUUUAUAGCAGGCUUCAGCAUUGGCUUUGCUAGAGUAUGGCAAAUCAGUCUGGUAACGCUGUCGAUAGUUCCAUUGAUUGCUCUUGCCGGUGGUAUUUAUGCUUAUGUUGCCACUGGUCUUAUUGCUAGAGUUCGAAACUCCUAUGUCAAGGCUGGUGAAAUUGCCGAAGAGGUGAUUGGGAAUGUUAGAACUGUCCAAGCAUUUGCAGGGGAAGAAAAGGCAGUGAAAUCAUACAAAGAAGCAUUGAUGAAAACAUACGAGUAUGGUAGAAAGGCCGGCUUAACCAAGGGUCUGGGGCUGGGCUCUUUGCAUUGUGUGCUCUUUGUUUCCUGGGCAUUGCUUGUUUGGUUCACCAGUAUAGUUGUUCACAAGCACAUUGCAAAUGGUGGGGAUUCUUUCACUACCAUGCUUAAUGUUGUCAUCUCUGGCCUGUCAUUAGGACAGGCAGCACCAGACAUUUCUGCAUUUAUUCGAGCAAGGGCAGCUGCCUAUCCCAUAUUUGAGAUGAUAGAGAGGAAUACAGUUAGCAAAACCAGCUCCAAAACAGGCUACAAACUAAGCAAAGUGGAGGGCCACAUUGAAUUCAAGGAUGUGUCUUUUAGUUACCCAUCUCGGCCUGAUGUAGUUAUAUUCAACAAGUUCUGCCUCAACAUUCCUGCAGGCAAGAUUGUAGCUCUUGUCGGAGGAAGUGGCUCUGGAAAGAGCACAGUCAUUUCAUUGAUCGAAAGAUUUUAUGAGCCACUUACAGGGGAUAUAUUGUUGGAUGGGAAUAAUAUUAAGGACCUUGACCUCAAGUGGCUUAGACAACAAAUUGGUUUGGUUAAUCAGGAGCCUGCUCUUUUCGCGACAACCAUUAGGGAGAAUAUUCUAUACGGAAAAGAUGAAGCUACACUUGAUGAGAUAAUGCGUGCUGCAAAACUUUCAGAGGCCAUUGCCUUUAUCAAUAAUCUCCCUGAUAGAUUUGAAACUCAGGUUGGUGAAAGAGGAAUACAACUAUCGGGUGGACAGAAGCAAAGAAUUGCAAUAUCUCGGGCAAUAGUGAAAAAUCCAUCUAUUCUUUUACUUGAUGAAGCAACAAGUGCCCUUGAUGCAGAAUCUGAGAAGAGUGUGCAGGAGGCACUCGAUCGUGUGAUGGUGGGACGAACCACAGUUGUGGUAGCUCAUCGCCUUUCUACAAUUAGGAAUGCAGAUGUGAUAGCUGUUGUUCAAAAUGGGACGAUUGUAGAAACUGGCAGCCAUGAAGAGCUUAUUUCAAACCCUUACAGUGCCUAUUCUUCACUCGUUCAGCUUCAAGAGACAGCGCCUUUGCAACGCUACCCCUCACAAGGUCCUACUUUGAGUAGGCCACUCAGCUUGAGUUAUUCACGAGAAUUAUCCCGAACAAGGACGAGCUUUGGUGCAAGUUUUCGUUCUGAAAAGGACUCAGUACUUAGUCGUGCUGGUGCUGAUGCAAUAGAUACUGGGAAGGCAGCAUAUGUUUCACCAGGUAGACUGUACUCUAUGGUUGGACCUGACUGGUAUUAUGGGGUCUUUGGCACCAUUGCUGCAUUAAUUGCUGGAGCUCAGAUGCCUCUAUUUGCUCUUGGGGUUUCUCAAGCUCUUGUAGCCUAUUACAUGGACUGGGAUACAACAUGCCGUGAAGUCAAGAAGAUUGCCAUCCUGUUUUCUUGUGCUGCAGUUAUAACUGUCAUCGUUCAUGCCAUUGAGCACUUAUGUUUUGGAAUCAUGGGAGAGCGACUCACUCUUCGUGUGCGUGAAGGGAUGUUUUCUGCCAUUUUGAAGAAUGAGAUCGGAUGGUUUGACGACCUAAACAAUGCAAGUUCCAUGCUUGCGUCUCAUCUAGAGACUGAUGCAACUUUUUUAAAAGGUGUAGUUGUUGAUCGAUCAGCAAUCCUCAUUCAGAAUGUAGGUUUGCUGGUAGCUUCCUUUAUCAUUGCAUUCAUCUUAAACUGGAGAAUCACACUUGUUGUCUUGGCCACCUAUCCAUUGAUCAUAAGUGGUCACAUUAGCGAGAAACUAUUCAUGCAAGGGUAUGGAGGUAACUUGAGCAAAGCAUAUCUAAAAGCAAACAUGCUUGCUGCUGAGGCUGUCAGUAAUAUUCGAACUGUUGCUGCAUUUUGUGCUGAGGAGAAGAUCCUUGAUCUUUAUGCCCGUGAGCUGGUUGAGCCUUCAAAGCGUUCAUUUAAUCGUGGUCAAAUUGCAGGAAUAUUCUAUGGCAUUUCCCAGUUCUUCAUCUUCUCAUCUUAUGGCCUUGCCUUAUGGUAUGGUUCUGUUUUAAUGGGGAAAGAGCUAGCAAGCUUUAAAUCUGUCAUGAAAUCAUUCAUGGUUUUGAUUGUAACGGCAUUAGCCAUGGGAGAAACUUUGGCAUUGGUCCCAGAUCUUUUAAAAGGGAACCAAAUGGUGGCAUCUGUGUUUGAGAUUAUGGACCGGAAGACGCAGGUUGCUGGGGAUGUUGGAGAAGAACUAACAAAUGUAGAAGGUACAAUUGAACUAAGAGGUGUUCACUUUAGUUAUCCAUCAAGGCCAGAUGUAGUAAUUUUCAAGGAUUUCGAUCUAAAAGUACGUUCAGGCAAGAGUAUGGCACUAGUGGGGCAAAGCGGAUCUGGUAAGAGCUCUGUUCUUGCUCUUAUACUUCGAUUCUAUGAUCCAACAGCUGGGAGGGUGAUGAUUGACGGCAGAGACAUCAGGAAACUAAAGCUGAAAUCUCUUCGGAAACACAUUGGCCUAGUUCAACAAGAACCGGCUCUUUUCGCUACAUCUAUCUACGAAAACAUCCUCUAUGGCAGAGAAGGAGCUUCAGAAUCAGAAGUAAUUGAAGCAGCUAAGCUUGCUAAUGCACAUGGUUUCAUAAGCUCCCUCCCUGAGGGUUACUCAACGAAAGUUGGUGAACGAGGAGUGCAACUCUCUGGCGGGCAGAAACAAAGAGUAGCCAUUGCUCGAGCUGUCCUGAAGAACCCCGAAAUCUUGCUACUCGAUGAAGCCACCAGUGCUCUGGACGUGGAGUCAGAGCGUGUGGUGCAACAAGCUCUAGACAGAUUGAUGAGGAACCGGACGACAGUCAUGGUGGCACAUAGGCUGUCAACUAUUAAAAAUGCAGACCAAAUAUCAGUUAUACAAGAAGGAAAAAUAAUAGAGCAAGGGACUCAUUCUACUCUCAUAGAAAACAAAGAUGGACCAUAUUUUAAGUUAAUCAACCUUCAGCAGCAGCAGCAGCUGGAACAAUAGUGUCAAAUGUCAAUAAGACAGUAACUACAGGAACAAACAGAUUACCCAAACAAUUUAUGCAGGUGCUUUGUUUCAUAUUUUACCUAAAUCUAUUUUUUUCUCACUAAAUGUGAAUUUAUCUUUAUUACCAGCCAUUGUUUCCCUAUGAAGAAAAUAAUGAUACAUAUCAGAGAAUGCUAUACAAGUGGCUUUUUUAUACCAUUAAUUCAUGGUUACUAUGGAUAUAACC